ACACUCACACGCACACUCACUCACACACUCACACACGUGUGCGCUCCUUCGCUCCGGAGCUGCUGCCGCUCCUGCUCUCAGCGCCGCAGUGGAAGGCAGGGCCGCGCCGCGCCGCUCCUUCUUGAAAUAUAUAAAUUGGAGCCGGCCGGCCUCGGCCGCCCCCCUGACAGCGCGGCCCGCGCCCCUCCCGCCGGCGCGCCCGCUGCCAGCCCCGGGACCUUUUCAUCUCUUCCCUUUUGGCCGGAGGAGCCGAGUUCAGAUUCGCCACUCCGCACCCGAAACUGACAUACUGAACUCCGUUUCCUCCUGCUAAAUUUAUUUCUGCCUAAUAGCCACUCGUCUCUUUUUUCCGCCCCCCCUCCCCUCCAUCUCGUCGCUCCAAGAAAACUUUUGCCGACUCCCUCAAGUGCAGGUUUCCCCUGCCCGUCGUGUAUUAAUAUUUCCACUUGGGGAACGACGUUGCCUUUUCUUUUGAAAGGAAUUCAAGCAAGAUACCUUUUUCUCUCGGACAUUGACUCUCGAUUGUUUGCAAAAGUUUCGCAUUAAAAAAAAAAAAAAAAAAUCUACCUGAUCUGUACUUUGAGAGUUGCUAGGUUUUUUUUUUUUUUUUUUUUCUUCUUCUUACUUUUUUACUUAAAAGAAAAAAAAAUUUUUUUCCACCUUUAAAAAAAUGCACUACUGUGUGCUGAGCGCGUUUCUGCUCCUGCAUCUGGUCACGGUCGCGCUCAGCCUGUCUACCUGCAGCACGCUCGACAUGGACCAGUUCAUGCGCAAGAGGAUCGAGGCGAUCCGCGGGCAGAUCCUGAGCAAGCUGAAGCUCACCAGCCCCCCAGAAGACUACCCCGAACCCGAGGAGGUCCCCCCGGAGGUGAUCUCCAUCUACAACAGCACCAGGGACUUGCUCCAGGAGAAGGCGAGCCGGAGGGCGGCCGCCUGCGAGCGCGAGCGGAGCGACGAGGAAUACUACGCCAAGGAGGUUUACAAAAUAGACAUGCCGCCCUUCUUACCCUCAGAAACUGUCUGCCCAGUUGUUACAACACCCUCUGGCUCAGUGGGCAGCUUGUGCUCCAGACAGUCCCAGGUUUUCUGUGGGUACCUUGAUGCCAUCCCACCCACUUUCUACAGACCGUAUUUUAGAAUUGUCCGAUUUGACGUCUCUGCGAUGGAGAAGAAUGCUUCCAAUUUGGUGAAGGCCGAGUUCAGAGUCUUUCGUUUACAGAACCCAAAAGCCAGAGUGCCUGAACAACGGAUCGAGCUGUAUCAGAUUCUCAAAUCCAAAGAUUUAACAUCUCCAACCCAGCGCUACAUCGAUAGCAAAGUCGUGAAAACCAGAGCAGAGGGCGAAUGGCUCUCCUUCGAUGUCACCGAUGCUGUUCACGAAUGGCUCCACCAUAAAGACAGGAACCUGGGAUUUAAAAUAAGUUUACACUGUCCCUGCUGCACCUUUGUACCAUCGAAUAAUUACAUCAUCCCCAAUAAAAGUGAAGAACUAGAAGCACGAUUUGCAGACUUGAGUCCCAACAGUCCAACCGGCGGAAGAAGCGUGCCCUGGAUGCAGCCUAUUGCUUUAGAAAUGUGCAGGAUAAUUGUUGCCUACGCCCACUUUACAUUGAUUUCAAGAGGGAUCUUGGGUGGAAAUGGAUUCAUGAGCCUAAAGGGUACAAUGCCAACUUCUGUGCUGGAGCGUGCCCAUAUCUGUGGAGCUCAGACACUCAGCACAGUAGGGUUCUCAGCUUAUAUAAUACCAUAAAUCCAGAAGCGUCUGCUUCCCCUUGCUGUGUGUCCCAAGAUUUAGAGCCGCUCACCAUUCUCUACUACAUUGGCAAAACACCCAAGAUCGAACAGCUUUCUAAUAUGAUUGUCAAGUCUUGCAAAUGCAGCUAAGAUUCUCGGAAAAGUGACAAGACGAUAAUCGCACGAUGAUGAUGGUGAUGAUGGUGACAAAGGCAAUGUUUGUAACAAGAAAACACAAGAGAGCCUUGCUUCAUCAGUGUUAAAAAAAAAAAUUGAAAAAGCGGUACUAGUUCAAACACUUUGGAAGUUUGUGUUCUGUUUGUUAAAACUGGCAUCUGAAAUGAAAAAAAAGUUGAAGGCUUUACUCUAUAUUUUACCUACUCUGUAAGUGAGAGAGACAAGAAGCAAAACCUUUUUUUUCUUAAGAAAAAAAUAAACACUGGAAGUAUUUGUUAGUGUUAAUUAUGUGAAAGAAAAAAAACAAACAAACAGGAAAAUCCCGUUCAGUGGAGUUGCUGUACAUAUGUUCUUAUCCCAUGCCUCACUUGAUUUUUCUGUAUUGCUAUGCAAUAGGUAUCUUUCCCAUUCUUACUCUUAGAGUUAACAGUGAGUUAUUUAUUGUGUGUUACUAUAUAAUGAACAUUUCAUUGCCCUUGGAAAAUAAAACAGGUGUAAAAAAAGUGGAGACCAAAUACUUUGCCAGAAACCCGUGGAUGGCUUAAGGAACUUGAACUUAAACGGGCCAGCAAAAAGAGGUCAUAUUAACAAGAAGAAAAAUGCGAGUGAGAUCUAUUAUAUGACCGAGCGAGUCUACAUAAAGAGAAAGACCCUGCAAAUACAUGCUCUGUACCAACUGCCCGAGGAAGCUUCUUGUAAGGUUCAAAACUGAAAAGCCUGUUAAUAAAGGAAACUUUCAGUCAGAUUAAGUCUGUAAGAUUUUUUUGUUCUCUUUAAUUGUAAAUGGUUCUCUGUCAGUUUAGUCAACCAGUGAGACGUUGAGAUGUUUAGAUACGUACUGGUCAAACUUCAGACCUUAAAGUAUUGCUGUGUAGCUACGCUCUAGAUUUUUCUUUCGUUUCGGUGUAUGUAACCAUACCUAUAUUAUUACAAUAGAUGGGUAUAGAAGCCAGUAUAAUUGGAAACACAACUGCAGAUCUCUUUUGCAAAUGAUGAAAUCAAAACAUUAACUACUUUAUGUGUAAUGUGUAAAUUUUUACCAUAUUUUUUUAAUGUUCUCUAGUAACACCAACUCCGAUUUAGAUUGGACUUAAAUUUGGGCUCUUUCUAAUGAUUGUUGGGAAUUGUGUGUUUCCUUUAGCUGGCCAGAACUUUUGAAUAAAGCCCCUGUAUUUCGACUUGCACUACAAAUACAUGUUUGAUAGUAUUUGUUCCACUUGUGCUUGUUCAUUGUCCAUUAUUAUGACAUAAACUACCUGAGUCCACUUGUCCUUUUUUUUUCUUUUAUAAAAAGACAUAGUUUUCCUUCAUUUUCUAAGCAUCAUUACUAAUCAUUUCAGACAUUAACGAGCUUUUAUUUUAGGAAAAUUGGGGAUUAUAGAUACAUAGAUAAUUGAAGUGAAAUGUUUCAGUUUUAGCAAGGGCUUAAGGAUCUGAAUGGAACUCAGAGUCUUAGUGACUGGUUUAAGAAAGGUGUCUCUAACUUGGUUUAGUCAGUAUUUUCACAGAAUUCUGCUGUUAAAAAAAAGAGCAGACAGAUCACAGGAAACAGCUUUUUCUUUAAUCGAGUUUUUAGUGUUCAGGGAAAAAUGGAAAGAUUAACAUUUUAGUUGAUUUUUUUAAGGAAGAAAAAAUAAACCCAUGUCAGCAUAAAUCAUUUAGUGUAUUUCACUGAAAUUAAGGUUUUUAUAGAUGUUCUUUGAAGGUUGCAAAGGCACAAGGCAAAUUCUCCCGUGAUCAAAAAGUCCUUUCUUUCCUCUGAAUGUGACUUACCAAAUCAGAGGCUAGAAUUUACUUUGCCGAAAUACAUGAUUUGCUACAUUUUUGCAGAGGAGGUAACCUUGGGUUUGUAGGAUAUGUCAGUUUGUCAGUUGUCACUUAUUUAGCUUUAGAAUAAUCAUUAAUAGUAAGACAAUGGAAUAUUUGCAGUUUUACCUAAAGAGCAGCACAGUGAGGUGUGAAUCCAGAGUGAAGUUGUUUGAUAUAGAAUUUUUCUUGGAAUUUCCUGGCCAUUAUUAAAAUGACAGAUUGGAUUUGUUUGAAAACUGGAAAAGCAGGAGAUAGGAUGCCACAAUACCAAACAACCUUUGGAUUGGGUGAAACCCAAUCCCAGAUUGGAGUGUGUUGAUUUUUUUUUUUCUCUUCCACUUUUCUAUUCAUUCUAUGUAAAUCACUUUUAUUUCUGCAGGUAUUUUCUUUUCAGAUAGAAUGACAUUUUGUUUUGUAUUAUUUUGUCUUUCCUCAUGAAUGCACUGAUAAUAUUUUAAAUGCUCUAUUUUAAGAUAUCUUGAAUCUUUUUUUUUUUUUUUUUUAGUUUGGGGGGUUCUGUAAGGCCUUUAUUUCCCAUAAGUAAAUAUUGCCAUGAGACGGGAGGGAGGUGGGAGGGAAUGGGGAAAAUGUUAGUAUGUGGGUGGGAUGGGGCUACAGUUUUUCUGUGUUAAACAGCAAUGCAGUUUUAUGGUUGGCAUGAUUUUUUUUUUUAAAUGGAACAUAAGAAUAGCUGUUUUGUAUUUUGAUGACUGAUUACGCUGUAUUUUAACACAAUGUAUGUCUGUUUUUGUGGUGCUCUAGUGGUAAAUAAAUUAUUUCAAUGAUA